CUGCGCGCUGUUCGCGGUUGUCAUGGCUACACUUCCUGUAACAUUGAAGUUAGCCGCUCUAAGCUCUCGGGUUCUGAAGCAGUAAAAGGAAUGGAGGAAGAUUAUGAUGAUCGACAAAUUGAAGAAGAAAUAGAACUUGAAUUAAGCAAAAUCAGUUUUUCAUCCUCUGAAAUAGAUGAUCCUAAUCUUGAUCCUGAUUUAUCAGCAGAAGCUUCAAGUGACAGCGAACCAAUUUCAGAUGAGCUACCAGAAUCAGUUAUCCAUUAUUUGAAUUUUGUGAAGAGGAGCAGCCACAAUGCAGAAAAGCUAAUUUUGCAAGAUUUGGAAAACGAUGAAAUAUCAAGUGAUAUAUACAAGGUAGUUCCUAAUAAUGCUUCAGAAUGCUUGGCUGAGUUGGCUUCUGAAUAUAAUGAAGACCCAGAAGAAUUAAAGAAAAGGGUAUUGUCUGAAAUAGAAGAUGAAGAUGAAGAACAACAACAGAUCAACGUGACUUCUGAUAAUACAAUAGAGGCCAAUGAUAAUGGAGACAUUGCUUCCAGUGAAAUUGCUGAUAGAAGUUCUUUGACAGAUGAUGGUGACACAGACCUUAGCUUUACUUUCCAAGAAGUUGAAGAAAGAUGCAAGCGAGAAUAUGAGCUCUGGGAAGAAAACUUUAUAGCUGAGCACCAGCUGCUGAGUGAUGAAUUGCGCUAUCAUGUUAGGAAUGUAGAAGGAAUAUAG